AUUGAAACGAGCGCCGGAAUGGCGACCCACCUGAGACCUCUCGACCCCCAACUGGCGGCUCUGGCCAAGAGCGAGUGCAACGAGGAGCAGGCACAGCGCGCCGAGAUUGUAGCCACCAUCCAGACGUGGAUCACCAAGUCGCCGCACCUCAAGGCGCCCACCGAUGAGCGGCUGAUCCUGGCCUUCCUGCGACGCUGCCGAUUCAGCCAGGAGGAGACCAAGCGGCGCUUCGACAACUACUACUCCCUGCGCAGCGUGUUCCCGGAGGUCCUGGGAUCUCGCCAGGUGGAUGAGGCCCUGCUCACCCAGCUGCAAAGAGGGAUCCACGUGAUACCCACGCGACCUGUGAGUCCCGAGGGACCGAGGGUUAUCAUCUCGCAGUUCCGGAACAUCGAUCCCAAGAAGUCGAAUCCCCGGGAGGCCUUCAAACUGGUCUUCAUCAUGCUGGAGCUACUGGCCCUGGAGUGCGAUAAUGCCUCCAUUUCCGGGCUGGUGUGGGUGGUGGAUGCUCGGGACGUGACCAUGGAGCAGAUGUUGCAAUACGAUCCUUUCCUGCUGAAGAAGGCCUUCGCCUUGGUGGAUCAGUGUAUCCCACUGCGAUUUGUGGAGAUUCAUAUGAUAAAUAUGCGAAAGGAAGGACAGACCAUUUUCAACUUUGUAACAAAGUUCUUACCCUCCAAAUUACCUUUUAAGUUCGUGGUGCACAAAAAGUCGGAGGAUCUGUACCAGCACCUGCCCAGGGAUGCGAUGACCAUCGAGUAUGGAGGAACCAAUGGCUACCAGGCGGAGUCUGUGGACUACUGGCGCCAGAAGCUGCAGGACUACAAGGAUUACCUGGCCAAGGACGCCCAGUACGGAACCAAUGAGAAACUCCGCGUCGGAUUGUCCAGUGCCUGGGCCAAUGGAGAGCUGGACGGGAUGAGCGGCUCCUUCCGCAAACUGGAGCUCGACUAAGUUAAAG